AUGGCCCCACUGUCAGUAUCGAUCAAGCAUGCGGGCAAAACAUACGCCGUCGAGCUGGAUCCAGACCUGCCGCCCAAGGCAUUCAAGGAGGCGAUAUACCAGGUCACUGGUGUUCCCGUUGACCGGAUGAAAGUUAUGGUCAAGACGGGAGUGUUAAAGGAUGACGCCCAAUGGUCAAAAAUCAAUCCCAAAGCCAAUCAAACAUUCACCGUGAUCGGCGCAGCAGGCGAGCUCCCAAAGCCACCAGAGAAACCAAUCGUGUUUCUCGAAGACAUGGAUGACACGGAAUUAGCAGAGGCGCUCGCGAAACCUGUCGGUCUCCGCAACCUCGGCAACACCUGUUAUAUGAACGCAACUCUUCAAGCCAUGCGUGCAAUCCCUGAAUUACAAACUGCGCUGAACGUAGAAAAGCCGACUCCAGCUUUGGGGUCUGCAUCGGCGGAAGGAUCCAACGAUAUGCCUGGCCUCGAGGUUGCCCAAUCAACACCAGCAGCUGGUCCUCGGCCCGUUUUGGCCGCGUUGCCGGCUGCGUUAGGUUCGUUGUAUUCCAAGAUGGUUCAGACGGCAGACACAGUUGCCCCAAUCGCCUUUUUGAACUUGUUGCGAGAGGUCAACCCACAAUUCGCUGAACGUGAUCGAGGAGGCCAUUCACACAACAACUUGAUGGGCGGGGUGUUGUUUGCACAACAAGACGCUGAUGAAUGUUUAACGACCAUUGUGCAAUCCUUGUCCAGCGUGCCUGGACAAACUACUUCUGGAGAACUCGACACGAACAAGAAGUUUGUGGAGCAGUUCAUGACUGGCCGAAUGGUGCGGACACUGAAACCCGCCGACGCAUCCAUCGAUGAGCCGACAUCGACGAGCAGCGAGAAUGUGCUCAAGAUCACGUGCAAUAUCGACGGAACGGUCAACUUCAUGGCAUCUGGUAUCCAGAAAUCGCUCUCGCAAACGGUCGUGAAACGUUCGCCGACUCUGGGAAGGGAUGCGGAUUACCAGCAAGAGUCGCGGAUGACGAGGCUGCCGGCGUAUUUGUUCGUACAUAUGGCGCGGUUUUCGUGGAGAGCGGAUAUUAACAAGAAGGCGAAGAUCAUGAGGAAAGUCAAGUUCCCGACAGAAUACGACGCCCUUGACCUGUGUUCGGACGAGCUCAAAGCCAAACUGCUGCCUGUCAGUCGAAAGCUGAAGGCUUUGGAAAAGGAACGUGAUGAGCGACGAAAAGUGCGGAGGAAGACCAAAGUCAAAGCUACUGCUGCUCCUGCUACUACUCUGGCACCAGCUGCCGAAGGAGACGUCGAAAUGGGAGAGGCAUCCGCGUCAGCGGCUGCAGCAGACCAGGGUGGCGACCUGGAGGCGGAAAGCGCAUACCGCGCCCGUGAACUGACCGAGCUCGAAGGCCUGAUUGACGCCUCGCUGAAAUCGGACGUUGGCGCCAAUGUGACGGGAUUAUAUGACCUUGUCGGGAUCGUGACGCACAAAGGCGCUGCUGCUGAUGCUGGGCACUAUAUUGGCUACGUCAAGAAGAGUGUUUUCCAUGCACCAGUGCUGGGCGAAGAGACGGAAGGAGACGAAGACUGGUACAAGUUUGAUGAUGACAAGGUGUCGCUGUUCCCCGCGAACAAGUUGGCGACGCUGGACGGUGGAGGGGAGGAUUCGUCUGCGUAUGUGUUGUUGUACAAAGCAAAGCCAUUGGCGUAA